UGCUUAACUGUGUUUUUUUUUCGACGCGUCGUUAUUGCUUGUUUGUUAUAUAUUCUGAAUUAGUGAAUUAUUUACGGACAUAUAUUUAGGAUGUCUGAUUUCUACAUUAGAUACUAUGUGGGCCACAAAGGGAAAUUUGGACAUGAAUUUCUUGAAUUUGAAUUCCGUCCUGAUGGCAAGCUAAGGUAUGCUAACAACUCUAACUACAAGAAUGAUACAAUGAUCAGGAAGGAGGUCUAUGUACAUGGCUGUGUCAUGGAUGAGCUGAAGCGCAUCAUCAUGGAUUCCGAGAUUAUGCAGGAAGACGACUCGCUGUGGCCGCCACCAGAUCGUAUUGGUCGUCAAGAGUUGGAAAUUGUCAUCAACGACGAACAUAUAUCAUUCACUACAUCCAAAACUGGUUCAUUGGUGGAUGUGAGCCAAAGUAAAGAUCCAGAAGGCCUCCGUUGCUUCUACUAUCUUGUGCAAGACCUCAAGUGUCUAGUAUUUUCAUUGAUUGGCUUGCAUUUUAAAAUUAAGCCCAUAUAAUAAUUGAUAACUGCUAAGUUUUUU